AUGAACGGUGUGACGAGAAUAAAGGAAAAGAACGACAAGACAGGGGGGACUCGAGUGGCUGGACAAAGUAGACGUGCGGAUCUGAAUACGACAAAGAGUAUAAUGGAGUGACUAUUUGCUCAGACACUGGCAUCAAUGAAGUGCUGACUGCCCUCAUCUGCUCCGGCCACGCGAACAGGUGAGAAGUGCGACCUGUUCAAGGGCCGAAAAUGGCUGCCGAUAGCAUUCAAAAUGAAAUAAACUACCAAAAAAAUGCAUCAAUAAAAGUUGAUGACAGUUCAAAUUCGAAAACUCCGAAGAACGCACAAAAACCGAACAAAAAAAUAACCAACUGUUUGGGGCCGUCCUGCGAAAAGCGGCGUUUGCACCUGGCUGACCUCGGCGUUCAAGCCUUUAAUGGCUUCGAUCACAGGUGUGCUUAACAGUCUGCGCCUGCCAUUUUUUUUUCUGUAAAUGUGCUGAUAAUUAGCUCAUCGAGGUAAAAAAGAAAAACGGUAACAAAAAAGCAGAAAAAAAUCCAAAAAACUCAAUUUGAUAAAUUAAAAAAAAUUUUCGUUAACGAAAAUUUUCAUUUACACAGUAUGCCGAGUGAGUGAAGCCACGGUAACGUAAACAGGGCAAAAAAGGUUUACGACGCUUCGCGCGCGCAAUUUUUUUUUUUCACUCCAAAAACAAACCAAAUUUAAGUUCCUAUUGUUUUUCUUUCAUUUUUUUCUUGGUGUGUUUUUGACAAACUUCUUUUCAGGAAUUUUCGUUGAUGAAAAUAUCUUUUUGAAGAAACAGCAUGGGCGCUUUCACGAGUAUGUUCUAAUUUCUUCUCUUUUCAAUUUCUGCUGAGUUAAGGACGACCGAAAGUUGAUGAAAACGCGAUUAAACGUGUCAGGCAGAAAUCAGAAUCGUCUUGCUCUGUAGAAAUAGAACUUCUCCGUGAAUCAAUAAGGGUAAAGUAAAUGAAAAAAGUGUAUUACCGUUUAUAAAAGGCUCUGGUUGCGGACAAUCACGAUUUUGACGCCGAUUCCAUAAAAGGUAACGCCUCCAUGCUCUCAGAGAAAUUCAAAAUGGCAAGUUUAAAACUAUUUUCAUCAGGGUUUUUCCUUUUCUUGACAAAUAGAAAACAGAUCAUUUUCUGGUUAUUUAUGAGGAUUUUCAGAGUCCUGAAACGAUUCGCAAGAUGAUAUACAACCGAAAAAAUUUCAUAGAAAACAAAAUAAAGGUUUGAAAGUUUUCAUUCCUUCGUAGACGUUUAAUUUAGUUUCCGUUCUCAGUCGACUUUCUAAAGUUUUUUUCUUGAUUUAUGAUGAAUGAGAAAAAAAUGUCGAAAAAAAUAAUUAAAAAUAUUCAAUUUUUCAAUCCUUUUCCAGAAGCAAUUGAUAGACCUGCAAGUCGUCGAUGCCGAAUCGCCGUUUCUCAACGAGAUAUGCGGAAAAACUUCAGGUUUUUGA